UGUGCAGUUAAGUAUAUACCAAAUUCAUUAAAAAAAUAUAGCUUUAUAAACCCAAAACACCCUUUUAUUAUUAUUAUUAUUUCACUCCCAUGGUUCUUCCUAUUGUAAUAGGCGUAUUCACCGGAGUGACCUUAUUUUACACCGCGCGGUUAAUUCCCCGAGUUCUCCAGCGGGUGGCCCUCAUGGAGUGUCCGCCCAUUACUUCCGCGGCGGCGGCUUCGGUUCGGAGGGCCCCCGCGCCCUAUCGGAUUUACGAAUACGGCUUUAAAAAGAAGAUGACGGAUAGGGAGGCGUAUCUUUUGUUGGGGUUUAGCGUGGAUGAUUCAAGACUACCUUACCCUCCCACUGAGGGGGAGGUGAAGAAACACUAUCGCGGGCUGAUAAAGGAGCUUCACUCGGAUGUCGGGGGGUCGACAUACAUCAUGAUGAAGCUGAACGAGGCUAAAGAUAUCCUCAUACAGCAAUAAUCUAGAGGCCUUGAUUAGAAAAACUCUCUACAGCAUUUGUGGGGAUUAAUGACUUUAUUUUUUUCAUGCUGUCUGUAAAGGUGUUUUUUCUUUUUAAUUCCUUGCCUUCACCCUUGAAUUAUUGCUAAUAUAAUGUUAUCAAACGUGGAAUAGCAUCAAGAAGUUAAAAAAAUGAGUUUUUUUUCCUGGAUGGUCUCUUAUUUGACUUCCUUCUCCUUUGCUG